ACGCGGUUCUAUAAAAAUGGCGUCCCAAGAGGACAAAAUUUGGUGAUUUCUAUAAACUGUUCACCCUCCAUAUGAUGUGCAAAACGUCUUUAAAGUAAGAACAAGGGUGAUUAGAUAUGCCACUGAACGUUUUUCGUGGGCUUGUGCGAGGAGCAAGUCGUCGUGUUAUGACUGGCAAGAGAGGAAACAAAAAUUUCUAUAAAGGAAGGGGAGUUAAACCAACAGGAUUCCAUACUAAGAAAGGACAUUACGUAAUAGUUCCGAAGAAAGUGCCAGAAUUUGUGGUCCCGGACCUUACAGAUUUCGAACUGAAACCAUAUGUGUCGUAUCAUUCUCCUAAAGUUGUUUGUCCACCAGCAAAUGAAAGCAGUUUACUACAAGAGGUAGCAAACAAUCUGCAGAAUUUGAAGUUUAAGGAAACACCUUGAUACAUGUUUGAAUGUACGAGGACCGAAAAACACUCAAGCUGUUGUGGUCCGCAGAUAUAUAUAGCAGACAUCUGGGUGUUGUGAACGAUCAAAACAUUGUGGGAAAAACGUUGGCCCUUAAUUGGUUUGGCUUGUUGGGAUCUACCUAAAUUGCUGUGCAUGGGCCGGUUCUUGGAGAAUCUUUUCAAUUCGCGAAGUGAAAUGCAGCAGUUUGGUGUGCAGUGAAAUACAUAUAUAAUUUUUUUUAUCUUA